AUGUCCUUCAAUAAAAGCAGUAAAAGCAAAGUCAAGAAUAAACGUAACACUUCUGCAAUAAAAAGUGAAAAAAAUCGAAAUAAUCAGGCAGGAAAUUUUCCACCGAGAAGCAACGAUAAAUAUAAAAGAGCAAUUACCGAUAAUCACCAUCGAUAUAGUGAACCAUCAGAGGAAUUUUAUCAAGACGAGGAUGAUGGUACUAUCAUAACGCAUGAGAAUAUCCGGUCAUCUUUAACAUUGGCUAAUAGCAGUUCUUACCUUCGAUUUGAUGAAUGUGAAAAGGAAUGGGAUAAGAUUAAAGAUAAUCAGUUUUCAUCAGUGAUGAAAAUCAAUUUAUCGGGGUUAGCAAAGUCUUUAGAAACUAUUCCUUUGCACACCUUACUCAAAAUAGAUGAUGCAGAUUUCAUGCCAUAUAUUACAUUAGAGACGCAUCAAUCGACAACUACUUCACAAUCAAAUAUAGUGCCCGUCGAAAAUGUUGAAUCUGAAGAAUUGAAAAAAGAAAAUGAGAAUAGCUCUUUAGGCAGCAAAAAGCGCCGUGAAAAGAUAAAAGAAUCAAGUUUGCAUAUUAAGCUAUCUAAUAUAGACAGCCGCAGUUAUGCAAUAGAGGAUAAUCAGAAGGAAAAUGAAGAAUUAGAUCAAUUAUUAGCAUUGGAUGAACUCGAUUUGCAAGAGCCAGCCGUGAAUGAAAAUGUAAUAUCCGAUGACGUGCCUACUAAUCCUGUAGCUGUUGAACAAAUCCCAAACGUAUCUGCAAAUUCGGAGCCUGAGGAAAUUACGACCGUAGCUUCUAGCGAUAAUGAUCAGGUCUCGAAAAAAGAAAGCGUGGACGAUCUAGAGUCCUGGCUAGACAGCAUCAUUGAUUAG